AUGUCAGCGUUCAAGCAAGGUUUAGAGCUGCCGAAGGCAGUCAUUGAAAGAAAUGAAGAAUAUCGUCAAAGAAGAAGAAAACAAAUGAUUUUCUUUUUCGCUACUACAGCUGUCACACUUGUCUCUUCAAGAUUGGCAUAUAGAGGUGUUCAAACUAGAAGAUAUGUUCCUGGGUUAUUCAAUGCUAAUCAUGUCCCACCCCCAUUUUCAUUCCAUAGAGAUGCUAUAUCAGCCAUUGCUUAUUCAUCAGUAUUGGCUACUUCAUCUUUUGCCAUGGCUAUUGCUGGUGUUUCUUGGACUUGGGAUGUUUCAACUGUUAAAGAAUUCACAUACAAGUUGAAAACAAAGCUUGGUGGUGAUGAGAAAGAAAAAGAAUUGAGUGAAGCUAAGUUGGAUGAAGAAUCUCUAUCUUUACAAGAUGCGAUCAACUCUUUUUUGAAUGGUGAAGGUUUUGAAGAGGAAGAAGCAACAAAACUAGCUGACAGUAAAUAA